UCUUGUAAUAGGAUAUUGAUUAGCUCUGAAAAAUCAGUGUUUCAUUUUUUUUAGUCAGAUUAGAAGCUUAAAUUUUAACGAUGAGGCAAUAAAUGGAACGUUGUGCAAAAUAAUUAUUUGUAUUCAACAAAAGAAAGUAAAGUAACGCCAAAGUAUUCAAAUUUUACGAUCAGCGGAACAUAAAAGCUGACGUAGAAAAUCUUUGGGAGCUCCAGUAAGAACAAGCACAAAGUAAUAACAUUUUCAUAUAGAUAGGCACAUUUUGAAUUUUUUUAAUACCGACAUUUACUUUACACUGUGGUAACGUUUGAGUUCACUGCAUGAUGUCAUUAUCCCAUUACGACACAGCUUUGGUUAAUUAACCGUCCGCAUGUAUGGGCGAACGGGCAAAGCAAAUUGCAAUUUGAAUUUUUUUUCUUGAUAUCAAUAAAAAUGCCAUUUCGUAAAUUCAAUGAAAAAACAUGAAACUAAAUUAUUGUUUCUUUUUCUUAAAAAAAUGAAUAAGUCUUUUUCACAUGACAUUUACUUUGUUUGCAUAUUGCUGGUACAUGCGCCGGAGCGCCGACCUGCUGCUGCUGACGUUAGCAGGCUUACGAGCCAACGAAUUAAAAUUGUCAAACGAGUUGGUGCUACCGCAAACUUUACCACCAGGUGUGACGCAAAAAGACGUAGAGCUGUUUAAAGAUGCUAGAGAUCGUGCUAAUCGGAUGACAUUGGAAAGCAACGGUGGAGCACCAACCGCAAUGGUUAGUCCUGGUGGCACUGGCACGCGGAAUCCGGCGGCUAUUGUUUUCGGGCGUUACGAAGUGGAGACUUGGUACUCCAGUCCGUUUCCUCAGGAAUACGCAAGACUACCUAAACUUUUCUUCUGCGAGUUUUGCCUGAAGUACACCAAAAGUAGGGCCGUACUUGACAGGCAUAUGGACAAAUGUCAAUGGAGGCAUCCACCUGCUACAGAAAUUUACCGCUGUGAUGGAUUAUCAGUAUUCGAGAUUGAUGGCAACGUCAACAAAAUCUACUGUCAAAAUCUGUGCCUCCUAGCAAAGCUCUUUCUGGAUCACAAAACCUUAUAUUACGAUGUCGAGCCAUUCCUGUUUUACGCAGUCACGAAAAACGACAAACACGGUUGUCAUCUCGUCGGCUACUUCAGCAAAGAGAAGCACUGUCCCGCUCAACGUUACAAUGUGUCGUGUAUCAUGACUCUGCCGCAAUAUCAGCGUCAAGGUUACGGUCGUUUUCUCAUUGAAUUCAGUUAUCUGUUAUCCAAAGUCGAAGGCAUUCCAGGUACUCCAGAGAAGCCGCUUUCAGAUCUUGGCCGAGUGUCCUAUCACUCGUAUUGGAAGAGCGUUGUUUUAGAGUAUCUCGAUGCACACAGGGAUGCUAAGGAGCUGAAAAUUGCUGAGAUCACGAAAGAAACUGGCGUCUCAGGCCAUGAUAUUGCAACAGCAAUGCAAUUACUCGGCUUUCUACGUCAUGUCCAUUUGAAUCCCAGUGACUCGAAUAAACAGUUGGCCGUAAUGGUGGAUUGGAGAAAAGUUGACAUACACAUGGCUAAGGUACGCAAGAGUAUGAGAAUUCCAUUGGAUCCAGAUUGUCUACGCUGGAUACCAUUGCUCACACAGCUACCACAGGCCUAUCAGAGUCCCGAGGAAGGUAACGACACAAGUUCUGACAUAGCCACGCCGACGUUAGAUCAGCCCUGUGCUAUUAAUAAGCCUGUAGCUGCUAUGGCCGAGAAAGUGCAGCGAAUUAAGAUACGCAAGAAGUUUCGUGUCAGAAAAAUGGGUGGUGGUCACCGAAGGUCGUCACCUCUGAAGGCAAGACUAAGUAUGGCGCAAAGGGCGAAGAUAAUGAAGGAGCAACGAGAACGUGAAAAAGAGAAACUCACUAAAGAGAUGGAGAAGAGCUCAAGUCAUUUGGCUGACACUGAAGAGGAUUUAAAGGAAAAGACUCUUUCCACUGAACAGCACAAGAGCAACACAAGUCAUAUUACGACGCCUAAGAGUACAAGAACGCGCGAGAUACAUCCGCCGAAGAUGCAUGUCAAUACACCUAAAAGUCCGCCUCUAAUAAGUGCACCUGUAGCGGCUACAGAUACGAUGCCGGUAACGUCGUCGAGGCGGAGUGUCAGGACGGCUUUGAAAGCGACGAGCACAUCAGCAGUAGCACCAACACCACCCAGGAAACGCAAACAUUCCGAGAAAACUGAGCCCGAAGAAGAGAUGGUCAGCAGAAAACGCACUCGUGAAUCUCUGAGGGAACGUGAAAAAGACAAGGAUGAGGGGAAAGAAGAAAUGGCCGAGAAAAAUAAGAAGAAGAAGGUUCCAGCAAAGGAUGUGAAAGAAAAAUCCAAGCCAGCAGAGAAGAGUCCUGCCGUAAAAGAAAGUGCAAGGCUAAAAGAAAAGGAGGCAGCCAAGGAAUCACCCGCAAGAAUACUUCGGUCGCCACCUACGGAGGUUAUUACAUCCAACCCUCCUAUCAAGCCUAAGAAACAAAGCAAAUUGGACGACAUUCUUCUAAAAGUUACGAAUAAACAGCCAAAGAAUACGCCGACGGCUAGACAAACCAGAGAUAAGAGGGCCAGUGUGGCAGAAAAGAAUAGCACAGAAGAUAAUCAUCACCCUCAACGAGGUGCCAAAAAGGAAGUUGAACAAGUCAAGGAAUCUCCUGCGUCAUCGAGACGCGGUAGACCGAAAAUCGACUCCAAGGCGAGGGACACUACGAUCGAAGUUACAGAAGAACAGCUCAAAGAGGCGAAAUCGGAGAAACAGCUCACCAUUCCAGAUAUGUUUUCGACAGUUAGCGCCACCACCACUGUUACUAUUACACCGACCGUUAACGAGAAAUCUGAGGAAAAUCUCACGGCGACGGUUAGUGUUAGUCCCGGUGAAUAUGAGGCUGGAGAUGAGGAUGAUGGUGAUGAUGAAGACUUCUUACCAAGGUCUAAAGUCGCCAGUGUUAUUCAAUCGCUCGAUGCUGCCAUCGAGAGCGCCGAGAAGAUGGAAGAGGAAAAGAAGGCUGCCGCCGCCGCUGUUGCUGAGAAACAAGUGUCCGAUGAGACAGAAACGAUGAAACAACCAGAUAUCAUGGAAGAAGAAAUGCAAACAAAGCAGGAAAACGAACCAGUGCCAAUGGAAGAGGAACCCAUUACGAGUACAGUUCCAACAGAAGUUAAGGUAGAUCCAAAGAAGACUGAAGAAGAACCAAUGCAAGUCGAGAAUAGCAAACGAUCAAUUGAAAAUAACGUGUACGAGGCAAAAGAAACUCCUCUGCUAACGAAAGUUGAUAGUUUACCUCUUGUAGUCAAUGAAAAGAGGGAACAGCAGUACGUUCCCACGGUAAAUAGCCACCCAAAUGUGACAGAAAGUGUGAUCGACAACCAACCGCUGGUGAUGCCACAAGAAAAAGUUCCUCCUGUGAUAGUCGAGCAUCAUCACGAAGUCACCCAGAUCCAUUCGCAUCCUGAAGAUAAGAUGUAUUCACCUGAUAGCGGGAAAACAACCCCACACAUAGAAAAUCCCGGUUCGGUAAAACGUACUCCACCUUCGCAACCAGAUUUACCGUCGAUGGGUGUCUACACACCCGACUCGACAACGAACUCAGUGCACUCGCUACACUACGGCCAGUGUGAUCUGGACGUAAGUCAGUUGGGCUUGGAGUCACCGACUUCCAUAGCGAGCGAUCUCGCUUCGCAGAACAGUGUGGAAAGACCGCCGAGCGCUUUACCUACUAUGCCCAACCCGUCACAACAAAAUGUGUCUGUGACAUCUAUUAAUCAAGGUCCCAUACAAAUGAGCGCAACUACAAUGCAACAACAGCAGCAGAGUCCCCAUCCAGUGAAUCAUCAAUCUCAACAAGUACAACAAGCACAGCAACAACAGCAGUAUUCAGAUUGUUCGAUGCCGCAACAUGCUCCGCAGUCGCACGUAUCUAUUCAACAUCAGCAACAUCAGAUGCAACAGCACCAAGAUAAGAAUCCAUACCUUCAACAGCAACCAUUGACACCACAACCGUUGCAGCAACCGCGAACGCCGCAUACACCACAGAGCUUGCCAACCCAUAGCCCUCAGCCGAUCCAGUCGCAUACACCACAACCGCUAUCUCAACCGCAUACUCCUCAGCCAAUACCACAGACCCAUACACCCCAACCGAUACCUGUCCAGUGCCACACACCUCAGCCUUUAACUCCACAACCGCUGCAGUUGUCGAUUGCUCAACAGCAACAACAGCAGCAGCAACAGCAACAACACCAGUCAAGGAGUCAGGCUCUCGCACAUGCUCACAACCAACAACAGCCACAACCGCCGCAAAUAACUCAUCAAUCACAACCACAGCAGACACAUUCGCAUAGCAGUAAAAGGUCCAGCAGUUCACAAAAUUCGCACAGAUCCAGGUCAACGCAACAGAGCAGCAGUAGCAGCAGUGGCAGUAGCAGUAGCAGUAGAUCUCAUCGCGCGACUCCGCCAACUUCUCAAUCUCAGAACAAUCAACAUGCAGUAUUGGCUGCAGCAGUUUCUCAGAACAGUCACUUGCCACCUCAAUAUCAGCAGGCAAUGUCAAUGCCAGGGAUGGGUCAUCCACACUCCAGUCAUGCGGCCCAUUCACACAAUAUUCCGGUGAUAUCACAAGGUGGCAAUUACGUGGCAGUAUCUCAGGCAAUGGGUUUUCCUACGCAAAACACUUAUGUGAUCCAACACCGAGGCGGUCGAUCGGGCUCGCAUACUCCGUGCACGACGGCCACGAACUUUUACAUUCAAACGUCGCCGAUGCCACACUCGCACACCCCUGCGCCCCCGAUGAUUAAUACGACCACGGGUCAGACACCCAAUUCCUGCAGCCUAGCUAAGCUUCAGCAGAUGACUAAUGGCCUGGACGUGAUGCCACCUACACCUUCGCAAGCUAUGAAUCUCACCCCUCCUCCUCCGAUACCACACACGAUGACUCCGCCUCAGCCAUCUAGGCAGCUUGCAACUCCACCGCAAAUGCCCAUCAGCUACACCAAGAACUUCUACAACGUAAGCGCAGUACCUCCUCCCGGUACUCCAGGCCCACCACCGCCUAGUCGUUCGGCCUCAAGGUCAUCAGCUAGCGCUUCUAUGACGCCCAUUCCGCAGUCCUAUCCCACGGAAGGUCUCUAUCGAUCCGCCCAGGCUCUUGACCCAAGUGCCAGCUGCCCGCAAAUGCAGAGCGCCUCCAGUCGCGUCAGUCCCAAUGUCGCGACCAUCAACACCAAUCUUAUGGCUGCUCAAGCUGCCUACGGCUACCGUGUUGCCCAGCAGACCACCGCUGGUUACAUGAAUCAAGCGGCGGCUCAGCUCGGCGGAUUCAUGAAUCAACCCGUGAGCGUGGUGAAUGUCGCGGCGCCUUACGGUCAAGACCCGCAUCAUCAGAAUCCUUCUACUGUGUACACCGCGUAUCACGGCUACAUCAAUUCGCCCCUCAUGCAGCCACUCAAUGGAACAAUGCGGCCUCGCUAGCCCGAGCGUCCCCAGCGCCCGGCCAGCGCUUUCGUUGUGCCGCCGCCAAGACGACCCAACGACAAACCCGCUGACCUGUUGCUUCCCUACUGAACUCUGUACGCCAAUUGUAUUUCGUUUAUUUAACUUUUAAAUGUAACGUCUCGGCGCCCGAGCGAAUCAGUAUUUUAUCGAUUUUUAUCGUCGCGUUUUAUCCUCCCUUUCCCCUCUUACACUUAUCUGACAUAGUGAUAACCAGGUACAAUUAGCUCGCUCGAAGAGCUUCGAGGAUUUUUAACGAAGGGAGCAUUUAGGCUAGCAGCGGCAGACGUGUGCAGACAGACACGCGGUCUCUUUCUUGUAAUAUUUCUCUUAGUAUGUUUAGGGCAUUUUCCAUCGAUUUUUCCCUCCAAACGACCCAUUAACAGUGUUACGUUUUGUGUAUGAUAAUAUUUAUAUAUGAAGAUGAAGAACGAUUAAUACUUACAAUAAUAUUCUGUUUGAUAUUAUCCAAUUGUUGAACGUUGUUGUUUACGUUUUACGGGGGCACGCUGUACUUUAUUCUUGUAUUAUAGGCGUGAAACAGUUUUUUCGCAUAUAAGUUGCUACUACAGUGAUAAUGAUGAUAAUAAUAAUUGCAUUGUAUUAUUAUUAUAUUAUAACGUAUCGUCAUUAUUUUUAUUACUGCUACUAUUGUAAACUGAAAAAGGCAAAACAAAUAACCAUGUUAUAAAAUACAUGGGGUACACAUUAUAUACACGAACACAUGUGCGCGAUUAUAACUUGAAAUGAUCUUUUUUUAUUCUACUAUCGAUACCCUUUCGUUUACAUCUUUUCUUUUACGCUCAUAAUAUGUAGAUUUUCUUUUUUAAUUUCUCUCUACGUAAUCGGAUAUCGUUUUAUUGUUUCUCCCCCUCCCCUCUCAUUUUACCUUUUCUGUUUUUUUACAAGUGUACGAUACCUAACGCCUAUCAUAUUUUUACUACUUACGUAAGGAUUGCGAGUAUGCACACGUUUAUUGCGAUAUGUGGGAGUAAAAUUUAUCGAAAGAAAAUAAAGUAAAUAUAAUAUAUGUAUAUAUACAUAACGAAUUGAUUAUUGAUUCGACUUGCUGUUCUGCAAAUUGUCAUAACGGGCUACAAGUGAAACGAGGAAAUAAUUAUUUUUUGUAUUUGAGUCGAAAAAAUAAAAAUGAAUGAGAGUGAGACGUAAGAGAGAAAGGAGAUAUAACGACUGACGUGAUUAAUAUGAGAAGUAUAAAAUAAAAGAAUGCCUACUUUGCACUAUCGAGCUCUGAGAAAAAAGAAAUGCGCCUUUAUGCUUUCGAAGAGUAUAUAUGCACAUCUACUUUUUGAUUCUCGUGACACUUUGCGGAAUGUUUACGAAAAAAAACAAAAAUAUAUAGUAUAUUAUAUAUAUAUAAAUAUAUAUUAUAUAUUUAUAUAUGAUAAGACUCGAGUAUGGGUUGAUUUUUUUUCUUCAGAACGAUAGAUCAAAGUAACGAGCGAGCGCAGUGCUAGUUUUAGCAUAAACUUGU